AUAAAAACCAAGUUGUUCCACAGAGGAAGGAAAACUGAACUUCACAAACUUCAUGAACAUCCUGAGCGCCUACAUGGUGGACGACGAUGAUGACGACGAGGCGAUGUACCAGGAGCUGAAGGAGGCGUUCAGGCUCUACGACAGAGGGGGCGACGGCUACAUCACCACAGCCACGCUAAAGGAGAUUUUGAAGGAACUUGACAACAAGCUUAGCAAUGAGGACCUGGAUGGCAUCAUCGACGAGAUUGACGAGGAUGGAUCUGGCACGGUGGACUUCGAUGAGUUCAUGGAGAUGAUGACUGGCUAAAGGAACAACUUGGGUUAAGAUCCCGUUCCCUUAGUAAAUAUAUAUAUUUUUGAAAUUUUACGAAAGGAAAUACUUGGCACUGAAUUGAGGCUACAGUUAAUGAUAUUAAAUAAAUUUUUGAGACAAUGUACCAUGGAAAAAAAAAUAACACAAUGUGUGUAUAAUAAUUGCAAUGAAAAUGAACCAUACAUAAAAAAAAAUACAUAUAAAUAAAAUACAGUAAAAAAAGUGUUUUGGGCUAUAAAGUUUUAUGUUCUCGCCGAAUUAUGUUUAAUUAGCCUGUGAUAGAAAUAUAUAUAUAGUCUUUUCUAAUUAUGAUUUGACUUACUUUUGCUGGUAUCAAGUAAGAAUAAUAACUAUGUAUGCCGUAUUUUAGUAGAGAAGACUGUGCGCACUUUUAUGAUUUUUGAUUUGUGAAAUGAUUUCUUGAUACCUCUGUGUAAUUGCAAGUUUAUUGCAGUGAUCUGUGUUUUCUGUUUUGUAUCGUUUGUAUUACAUUUUACUAAUAAAAUCAUCAGGCCUGGA